AUGUCUUAUAUUGACCUGCUAUUUCCUCGCGAAGAACUCGAAGCCCUUGGAAACAAGUGGACAGAGCCAGCCAACAAGAGGCGCAAACUUGAUUUGAAUGCUGGGCUCGCACGAGGCCAGCGACAGCAGCACCAGCCGCAGCACCAGCCAGCUCGUCCAACACCCGACUCACAAGCCAACCAGAGAAGACACACUCUCUCGGCCGCCUCUCAACCCAACAAGAGCGCUUCCCCCUUGGGGAGCAUUCAGAAUACAAUCAAGAGAUCCAACUCAGAUGUCAAACUCCCGAUAUCUUCAAUGCAACCUUCGGCGAAUACAAAACGUGUUGCAACGCCCAAGUCAUGCUUACCCAGCUUUAUUGAGCCAUCGAUCUUGAAGAACUAUCUCCACCACCUCCACCCUAACGACCGAUCUCGAUACUCGAUACCCAACAGCCCUGAACCCGAAACCCAGCCGCAACGCUCCGAAGGGCCCAGAAGACUGUCGAUCAUGCACCACGAACAUGAAGACGAUUCGUGCUCGCCUGCAUCACUCAUCACUGACAACUCAUCAUCGACUGCCGACAACCCGGAAUCCUGCCCCACCCCCAACCCAGGGAUCUACGAGCAACUUCGAGACAGCCGCUUCGGAUAUCUGUUACACGGUCUACGCCUGACAGACCAUGAGAAGGACCUGGUGGAAGACCUCCUGAGCCCCAACCAGGUGGACAUGCCACCACCACCGGCACCGAGCGCAUUAACGACAAGCACGAAGCGGAAAGCGGAGGAAUCAGAAAUGGGACUCAGUCUCGAGAACACCAUGGAAUUCAACCAGCGGCUGUUACAAAGGAUGUUUCCCCCUGACUGCGACACUACGAUCUCCGAAUUUAGCUUUUUCAACAACAACGCCUAUCGGGAUUCAGACGUGCAUUCCUCCGGUUUAAGCCCCGGACCGCAGAUGGAGGAUGAGGAAGAGGAUGUGAAGCAAGAAGAAAGCCAA